AUGAAGCGCCUGGUCCGGAUCUUCCAACGCGGAAAAACCGGCAAGACUUCAUCUUCCACUCCUACCCAUUCUCCCGCGUCUCAACAAACGGCGGCACCCCAACCUACAGCCAUGGGCACCACACUGAACAUCGCAUUGCAAAACCAAACCACAUCACGGAUCGCUUAUGCCUACAUCACGGGGAGAGCCAUCGAUAACAACAAUGCGCUGUUUCUCCUGCUGGCGGACGGGAAGACCCCAUUUUAUCCCACUUCUCCAAGUGCCAUCGGCUCCCAAAUCCCGCAAAACUGUGCCAUUCCCUUGGGCGCUCCAGGAAAUAGCGUCACCGUGACGGUGCCUCACAUUGCUGGUGGCCGAAUCUGGUUCUCGAUUGAUUCGCCCUUGACGUUUCUCCUCAACCCAGGACCUGCAUUGGUGGAACCAUCGGUGACCAACUAUUCCGACCCCAAUAUCAAUAUCAACUGGGCCUUUGCUGAAUUCACGUUCAAUAGUGAUCAAUUAUAUGCAAACAUAAGUUAUGUCGACUUUGUCGGCCUCCCCGUUGCGCUGACACUGACAACACUCGGCGGCGCAACCCAACAUGUCUCCGGCAUGCCCCCCAACGGACUUGAUCAAGUUUGCAACGGUCUACUGGCCCAACAUGCUGCAGACGGCCAAGGCUGGGAUCAGCUGAUAGUAUCACACAAUGGCCGCAAUCUGCGUGCCCUUUCACCGAAUCAAGGCAUGGUCACAAACCCGACCCUCUUUGCGAAUUACUACGACGACUACGUGAACAAAGUCUGGGCCAAAUACUCCUCUCAGUCAAUGUCAAUUGACACACAGGCGUCUUUUGGCACUGUAUCGGCCCAAGUUGCCUCGGGCACCCUCUCAUUUGGCGGAUCGCAAUUCACCAAACCCUCUACGCGCGACAUCUUCUCCUGUUCCACCGGCCCCUUCGCUACUGGAGCAAAUGCAGAAACCAACACCAUUAUCCCCCGGCUCGCCGCAGCUUUCAACCGAUCAACCUUGGUCGUGGCGGAUUCUUUCCCUGCAGAUAAGAGCCUUUAUUACAAAGACCCCAUUACGAACCAUUAUUCUCGGAUCGUGCAUCAGGCCAACCUGGACGGCAAAGGAUAUGCUUUUCCCUAUGACGAUGUUCAACCCAGUGGUGGACCAGAUCAAAGCGGAGAGGUCCAUGCAGGAGAUCCAAAGCUGUUCACCGUCACUGUGGGCGGAGGAAAUGCGAGUGUGAGUCCGCCCAAGGAUGAGCUUUGA